UACGAUAAUCUUCAGGACGUUCCCCCGCAGUCCGAUACCUUGCCUUUAUUUGUCUAUCAAAUAUCGGUCAAUUCUAGCACCCUCCACUUCUCUCAAACCACGCCACACUUCAACAGAGGCACUUUGUCGAAUUCGUUUCGGUGCUACCCUAUCACCCUGUCCAUCUUCUCAACUUGGGUCUACUUGUUUAACAGGUCCGACUACUUGAACCAGAGAAGAUGGCUAGAACCAGAAGAUCCAUGGCUGCGGCCGACGAGGUUGUUGCACCUCCUCCCGCGGAAACCAAGAAGCCUCGCGGUCGGCCUCGCAAAUCGGCCACCCCGGCCGUUAGUGCCACGGCGUCUUCCGUACCGACCCCGGCGACAUACACAUCUGGUAGUGAGUAUGCUACGCCGCUUACCAGUCAUGGUGCGACCCCGACGCCAUCUCUACUCAAGGAGAACGUACGGUCCACCAGGUCGACCCGGUCCGCUUCCAAGAUUGAGGUGGCUAUACCCGUUCUCAAGGCCUCACAUACUAUGCAGACAACGCUUCGCAGUAGCACCUCUGCUACGACUAGCAAGCGGAAGAGAGAUGUGGUGGCGGACAGCCAAGAAGAUGACUCCGAUGAUGGUCAUGAUGCAAAGGUAGCAUCAUCAUCCAAAACACCCUCUUUCCGAGUUGAUCGUUUGGGCAGUACCCCGCGUAGCACGCGGUCUUCUCUUCGGGGCAACAUUAAUGCUUCGAGCAGCAAGGUUAAGAAAGGGGUCAUUGCGGACAGCGAGGAUGAUGGCUUUGACGAUACCCCCGAUGCUAUACUUGCCCGGAAACUUCAGGCUGAGGAAUACGGAGAGGAAGAUUCUGAAGAGGAAGCGACCACAUCCAACUUUAGGGCAAUUGGACUUCGUCGCAGUUCGAGAGGGCUCAACUCGUCUCCAGUCCGGGCGUCAUCCAAAGCCACUGGCAAAUCUACCGCCGUUGCAAAAGGGAAGCAGCCUGUACUUCUACAGAACUCCGCUAGGCGUGGUGCGGCAGAGUCCUCCAUUCAAGUUCCUCGGUUUAGGACAGCCAAAGACUUGAUUGCUGAUUCUGAGGAAGACGUUGAUUCCUCUAGUUCUCUGUCGGCCUUCGAGUCUGAUGAGAACGAUAGCGAUGUCGUUAUCCGGGGAGGUCGCCCUUCUGCGGCCCAGAAGGGAAAAGGAAAGGCAAAAGCGCCCCCGCAAGAGCCGGAGGAUGGGAACGAUAGCGACGAUUCUAUUCAACCCCUCAGCAGGCGCUCUCGUAAGGGUCGCCCUUCAGCGGCCCAGAAGGGAAAGGGAAAGGCAAAAGCGCCUCCGCCAGAAUCGGAGGAUGAGUUUGACCUGAUUGUGACUGGUCCUCCCGAGUCGGAGGUCGAGUUUGACCUAGACGGUCCUCCAAACGAAUCAGAGUUCGAGAUUGACAUGUCGCUUCCAGACGAGGCAGACGAAAUAUCGGUUCUAGGCAAUGGCAGUUACGUGCCUAUCGACGAGGACGACGAAGAUGCCACUUUGGGCGCCCACAUUGCUGAAGCGGGCGAGGGUCUUGAUCGUAUCAGGGCACAGAUGAACAACCGGCGUGCGUACCGAUCGUACCGGAGCAAUAGGCGUGUCAAGUCAGACCGAUCCCGUCUCGAGAAACAACAUCCCGAACUCAAUACGAUGUGGAAAGAUCUGGAAAAUAUGCCCGUUUUGAAGGCUGGUAGGGCUGAACAACCAAAGUCCAUUUCACGACAGCUGAAGCCAUUCCAGCUUGAAGGGCUGGCCUGGAUGACAGCAAUGGAGAAGACAGAGUGGAAGGGAGGACUUCUCGGCGAUGAGAUGGGCCUGGGUAAAACGAUUCAGGCAGUGUCCCUGAUCAUGUCAGAUUAUCCCGCUAAGAAGCCUUCACUCGUUCUUGUGCCUCCUGUGGCCUUGAUGCAGUGGAUGACGGAGAUUGAGUCAUACACUGACGGUACGCUGAAGACCCUGGUCGUUCACGGUACCAACUCCAAGUCCAAGAACCUCACUGUCAAGGACAUCAAGAGCUAUGAUGUGAUCAUCAUGUCUUACAACAGUUUGGAGUCCAUGUACCGGAAGCAGGAGAAGGGCUUCAAGCGCAAGGAGGGGCUCUACAAGGAGAAAUCCGUCGUCCACCAGACCGAGUGGCACAGAGUCAUUUUGGACGAGGCACAUAGCAUCAAGAGCCGAACAACGAUGACGGCCAAGGCAUGCUUCGCCCUCAAGGUUACCUAUCGAUGGUGUCUCAGCGGUACACCGUUGCAAAACCGCAUCGGAGAGUUCUUCUCUCUAAUCCGCUUCCUUAACAUUCGACCAUUCGCAUGCUAUUUGUGCAAAGGAUGCCCUUGCAAGACUCUCGAAUGGGGCAUGGACGAAGACAACAGGUGCAAGCACUGCAACCACAGCGCCAUGCAACACGUCUCGGUGUUCAACCAAGAGCUCCUCAACCCCAUCCAGAAGUACGGAAACCGUGGUGAGGGUGCUUUGGCCUUCAAGAAGCUACGAAUCCUCACGGACCACAUCAUGUUGCGGAGACUGAAGAAGGACCACACCAACGCAAUGGAGCUUCCAGUCAAGGAGAUCAACGUUGAGCGUCAGUUCUUCGGCGAGGUGGAGAACGAUUUUGCAAACAGCAUCAUGACAAGCGGCCAGCGAAAGUUCGACACAUACGUUGCCACUGGUGUGCUGCUGAACAACUACGCCAACAUCUUUGGCCUCAUUAUGCAGAUGCGACAGGUCGCUGAUCAUCCGGAUCUGAUUCUGAAGAAGAACGGUGAAGGUGGUCAGAAUGUGCUCGUGUGCUGUAUCUGUGACGAGCCUGCUGAAGAUGCCAUUCGCUCUCGUUGCAAGCACGACUUCUGCCGUGUUUGCGUCAAGACGUAUGUGCAUUCGGCUACGGACCCGAACUGCCCUUCUUGCCACAUUCCUCUAUCCAUCGACUUGGAGCAGCCCGAGCUCGAGCAGGACGAGGCGCAGGUCAAGAAGUCAUCCAUUAUCAACCGGAUCAAGAUGGAGAAUUGGACUUCAUCAUCCAAAAUAGAGUUGUUGGUGCACGAACUCCACAAGCUCCGAUCCGAUAACGCUUCCCACAAGUCCAUCAUCUUCUCCCAGUUCACCACCAUGCUUCAGCUCAUCGAGUGGCGCUUGCGCCGUGCUGGUAUCACCACCGUCAUGCUUGACGGCAGCAUGACUCCAGCCCAACGCCAGGCUUCGAUUAACCACUUCAUGAAGAACGUGGAGGUCGAGUGCUUCUUGGUAUCCCUCAAGGCAGGAGGUGUCGCUCUGAACCUCACUGAGGCUUCAAGAGUUUUCAUCGUGGAUCCUUGGUGGAACCCAGCAGCUGAAUGGCAAUCCGCCGACAGAUGCCACCGUAUCGGCCAGAGCCGACCUUGUACGAUCACCCGACUUUGCAUCGAGGACUCCGUUGAGAGUCGUAUGGUCCUUCUGCAAGAGAAGAAGACCAACAUGAUCAACUCGACCAUCAACGCUGAUGAUGCGGCGAUGGACUCGCUAAGUCCUGAGGACUUGCAGUUCUUGUUCAGAGGAAACUAGGGACCUUACUCCUCGACAUGGUGUGUUGCAUCUGUGGAGUUACUUGAUUUUGUGGCUAUAUGUCUUGCUACUAUUUUAGCUG